AUGCUCUGCGCCCUAUGCUCUGCGCCCCAUGCUCUGUGCCCCAUGCUCUGUGCCCCAUGCUCUGUGCCCUAUGCUUUGCGCCCCAUGCUCUGUGCCCCAUGCUCUGUGCCCCAUACUCUGUGCCCCAUGCUCUGUGCCCCAUGCUCUGUGCCCCAUGCUCUGUGCCCCAUGCUCUGUGCCCCAUGCUCUGUGCCCCAUGCUCUGUGCCCCAUGCUCUGCGCCCCAUGCUCUGUGCCCCAUGCUCUGUGCCCCAUGCUCUGUACCCCAUGCUCUGUGCCCCAUGCUCUGUGCCCCAUGCUCUGUGCCCCAUGCUCUGUGCCCCAUGCUCUGGUUCCUAUUCCCCAUCUCGCCAAACCUCCACCCGCCCCCGCCCCUUUCCAAUCCCUACCCCUCAUGGUUGUCCCCUUCCUCCCUUUCCCCCACCCGUUUUCUUCCUCCCGCAUGAGGGGGGUGCACACCGCCAUGCACAGCAUAGCGGAGUGCAUGGCAGCACUCUCCGCCGCGCCCUUCCUCAUCUCCGCUGCGGGGGAUGACGCUGCAGGCAGCCUGCCACUGUCCACCCCCCCCUCUCUCACGACCCUCUACGCCCAUGGCUCACCAUUUCUCCCCCUCAUCCUUGCUUCACCUCAUUUCCCUCCCUACUUCACCUCAUUUCCCUCCCUGCUUCACCUCAUUUCCCUCCCUGCUAUCCCUGCUUGUACCCUCCUGCUUCCCUUAUUUUCCCCCCAGCUUCCCCUCAUUUCCCUCCCCCGACCCCCCCCGCUUCCCCUCAUUUUCCCCACUGCUGCCCCCUCAUUUCCCUCCCUUGCUUUCCCUUGUUUCCCCCCCUGCUUCCCCUCGUUUCCCCCCUUGCUUUCCCUCGUUUCCCCCCCUACUUCCCCUCGUUUCCCCCUCUUCUUCACCUCGUUUCAUCUUCCUAUCUCACACUUUCCCUCUCCCCCUCUUCCUAUCUCCCCUCUUCCCUAUCCUCCCUCUUUUUACGGUACUUACGUCUUUCCCUCUCAGCCCUGCUUUCCUCUCCCCCCUCUUCCCUAUCUCCCCUAUUUGACUUUAGUCUUCAGGGGGGGAAGCAGGGAAGGGGAUGGGGGGAAGUGGGGAAGGGGAUUGGGGGAAGCAAGGAAGGGGAUGGGGGGAAGCAGGGAAGGGGAUGGGAGGAAGCAGGGGAAGGGAUGGGGUGAAGCAGGGAAGGGGAUGGGGGGAAGCAGGGGAGGGGUUGUGGGGAAGCAGGGAAUGGGAUGGGAGGAAGCAGGGAAGGGGAUGGGGGGAAACAGGGAGGGGGAUGGGGGGAAGCAGAGGAGGGGAUGGGGGGAAGCAGGGAAGGGGAUGGGAGGAAGCAGGGGAGGGGAUGGGGUGAAGCAGGGAAGGGGAUGGGGGGAAGCAGGGAAGGGGAUGGGAGGAAGCAGGGGAGGGGAUGGGGUGAAGCAGGGAAGUGGAUGGGGGGAAGCAGGGAAGGGGAUGGGGGGAAGCACGGGACGGGAUGGGGGGAAGCAGGGGAGGGGAUGGGGUGAAGCAGGGAAGGGGAUGGGGGGAAGCAGGGAAGGGGAUGGGGGGAAGCAGGGAAGGGGAUGGGGGAAAGCAGGGGAGGGGAUGAGGGGAAGCAGGGAAGGGGAUGAGGGGAAGCAGGGAAGGGGAUGGGGGGAAGCAGGGAAGGGGAUGGGGGGAAGCAGGGAAGGGGAUGGGGGGAAGCAGGGAAGGGGAUGGGGGGAAGCAGGGCAGGGGAUACGGGGUAAGAGGGGAUAG